GCUGCGGGGCCCGCGGCCCGGAGCGUCCGCCAAGCCCUGAGAGAGGCCCCGCAGGGCGCCCCCCGCCGCUCAGGAUGAGUCACUGCAGCAGCCGCGCCCUGACCCUGCUGAGCAGCGUGUUUGGUGCCUGCGGCCUGCUUCUUGUGGGCAUCGCAGUGAGCACGGACUACUGGCUGUACAUGGAGGAGGGGACCGUUUUGCCGCAGAACCAGACCACCGAGGUCAAGAUGGCGCUGCACGCUGGCCUCUGGAGAGUCUGCUUCUUUGCAGGUCGGGAGAAGGGUCGCUGUGUGGCUUCCGAGUACUUUCUUGAACCAGAGAUCAACUUGGUGACGGAAAACACGGAGAAUAUUCUGAAGACAGUGCGCACGGCUACUCCCUUCCCUAUGGUCAGUCUCUUCCUUGUGUUCACCGCUUUCGUCAUCAGCAACAUCGGCCACAUCCGACCUCAGAGGACCAUUCUGGCCUUUGUGUCCGGCAUCUUCUUCAUUUUAUCAGGUCUCUCCUUGGUGGUGGGUUUGGUUCUGUACAUCUCCAGCAUCAAUGACGAGGUCAUGAACAGGCCCAGCAGCUCGGAGCAGUACUUUCACUAUCGAUACGGGUGGUCGUUUGCCUUUGCUGCUUCCUCUUUCCUUCUCAAAGAGGGGGCCGGAGUCAUGUCGGUGUACUUAUUCACCAAGCGCUACGCGGAGGAAGAGAUGUACCGCCCGCACCCGGCCUUCUACCGCCCGCGUCUCAGCGACUGCUCUGACUACUCGGGCCAGUUUCUGCAGCCCGAGGCGUGGCGUCGUGGUCGCAGCCCUUCCGACAUCUCCAGCGACGUCUCCAUCCAGAUGACGCAAAACUACCCUCCAGCCAUCAAGUACCCCGACCACCUCCACAUCUCCACUUCACCGUGCUGAGGCCGGGCUCCCUCCCUCUCCUCCUCCUUCCUCCCCCUCACCCGCGCCUCCCGCCUCCCUAAUACCUUAAGGGACUCUUGGCUGAGGGAUGCUGUGCCAUCUCCAGGCCCCAACCCAUCAUCCUCAUUUCAAUGGCUCC